AAAUCAAACAAUAUGCGCGUAUGUUUAUCAGAUAACUAUAAAGCUAUCAAGCACCUCAUGGGAAUCAUGUGUGUGGUUGCAUCAAGCACCCAAAGAUCCAUCCUUACCACACCACCACGAUGACCACACCUAAACGCCCAAACUUCCUCGUCAUCGUCGCCGAUGACCUUGGUUUCAGCGACACCUCUCCCUUCGGGGGAGAAAUCGAUACCCCCAAUCUGCACCGUCUAGCAAUGGAAGGCAUCCGCAUGACAGACUUCCACACUGCAGCUUCCUGCUCACCAACCCGGGCGAUGCUCCUCUCAGGCACAGAUGCGCACAUCGCAGGACUGGGCGUCAUGGCAGAGAGCAGAAACCGAUUCCCACACAUCUUCGACGGCAAAUCCGGAUACGAAGGCUAUCUAAAUCACAAAGUCGCAGCCCUGCCCGAGAUCCUACAAGACAACGGCUACUUCACCUGCAUGUCCGGGAAAUGGCACCUCGGCCUAACCAAAGACGUAGCGCCCUGCUCCCGCGGGUUCACCCAAAACUUCACCCUCCUCCCCGGCGCAGGCAACCACUACAACCACGAGCCCCAACUCUACGACACGACCGAAAAGCCCCGAGUCAUCAUCAAGGGUGACAAGCAAAACCUCUGGAUGCGCGACGACCAAUUUCUAAACGGCGACACCGACCUGCCCAACGACUUCUACUCCUCCAAUACAUUCACCUCCAACCUCCUCUCCAUCCUCCAAAACCGCACCCCUGAGCAAACCUCCCAACCCUUCUUCGCCUACCUCCCCUUCACAGCCCCCCACUGGCCCCUCCAAGCACCCCCGGAAACCAUCAAAAAAUACCACGGCCAAUACGCCGACGGGCCCUUGGCCCUCCGCACCCGCCGUCUCCACAGCCUAAUCAAGAACGGCCUCGUGCCCGCAGACGUCGACCCCGCGCCCAUCAUCACCCUCAACACAACCCCAUGGGACGACCUCUCCCCGGAAGAAAAAGCUAAAUCCUCCCGCACCAUGGAAAUCUACGCCGCAAUGGUCGAUCUCAUCGACGUGAACAUCGGCCGCGUGCGAGACUACCUUGAAUCCAUAGACGAAUGGGACAAUACCUUCGUGGUAUUCAUGUCCGAUAACGGGGCAGAGGGGCAGCUCCUCGAAGCCAUCCCCAUCCUAGCGGGCGCUACUCUGGGCGACGUGAUUGACAAAUACUACGACAACUCGCUCGAGAACCUAGGGAACCAUAACUCCUUCAUCUGGUACGGUCCCCAAUGGGCUUCAGCAGCUACUGCACCCUGUCGAGCGCUCAAACACUACACCACGGAGGGUGGCAUCAGAUGUCCGUGUAUCGUCCGCUACCCCUCCCUGAUCAACAACAAAACUACUACCAUCGGUAUGGCCCCAGGAACCAUCACCAACACCUUCACCACAGUCAUGGACAUUCUCCCUACGGUCCUCGAUCUAGCGGGAAUCAAUCUCCCCGGGCCAAUUUUCCGCGGGAGGGAAGUAGCCCCUGUACGCGGACAUUCCUGGCGGCCGUUGCUGGAAUCUGCUGAUAAGAAUGUUGAUGUGGAUAUUUAUCAUGCGGAUGUGGUGGGGUGGGAACAGCUGGGGAUUGCGGCUGUCAGAGUGGGGAAGUGGAAAGCGCUGUAUUUGCCGCCGCCGAGGGGAGAGGGGAAGUGGGAGUUGUAUGAUCUUGAGAGGGAUUUGGGGGAGGUGGAUGAUCUUGCGGAGAAGAUGCCGGACAAGUUGGCGGAGAUGGUGGCGCAUUAUGAGAAGUAUUUUCAGGAGUCCGGGAUGUUUGAUUCGUAUUCGGUGUUUCAGGAGGAAUUGAAGAGGAAGGGGGUGGGGAGGGCUGGGUAGAUUGGAUUUAGUUUUCUCGGGGAAUUGUGUUUAAUGGUG